GUUUGUUUUGAUCACUCCUCUGGGGGCUAUCAACCUGCUAAUUUGUGCCGACUGUCAUUUGGUUUGUGAAUGAUUUUUCGCAAACUUAAAAAUAGUAGUGUCGCCUCCAUCCAGUCCAUACAGUCCAUAUAGACAUGUGAGUGGCGCGAGCCGCAGAUAGAAGCGUCGCUGUCUCCUAUCUCCUGCUGGACACUGAGAUCGAUCUGGGGGUCACAACCGAAAUAAAACGCUCGACUGCCGACUGCCGAGUGUCAGUGCAGGGCACAAACAGCAAUGAAAUGGGAAACAGGAGAAACAAUUGCUGGCCGAGAACGAGUGUAAAAUUAGAACCUCGGCAAGAAACAAACAAACGCAAACGAUAAUAAAUAUUUAUGUGCGUGUAAACAAUUUGAUUGAUUCGAGCCAAACGAUCUGAAACGGGGAUGAAAACAACGGCUGUCUUCUGUUUUUCUCGGCAUCUCGGAAUCGGAAUCGUAACGAAAGGAAUUUCGUUUCUGAAAUUGCAAUUAAAAUCUCUAACCGCAGAACAACAUCUAGAAAAUCUAAAGAGAGCGUACAGCGUACUGGUACUUUCUUUGGCCGCAUUAUGUCAUCCUCCGUUAAUUUCUGGCAAAACAAAGAGCUCGCUCUGUUCUCUCUGAUCUCGCAGAUCGUUUGAAGUUUGUUUAGCACAUGGAUUGUGUGUGGAUUGGCUUGUUGCUAAUUGGGCUGUGAUCGGAAAUGGUUGCCUUGCCUCACGAUCAAAUGGCCAGAAAGAAGGGCAUCUGGAAAGGGAAACUGGAACGAGGUAGAGAGAACUGGUGCCCCGCUCCUUGCAUUUCUUUCGGGCAGGAGCAGGAGGCGAGAGAUCUACGGACGGAGACGAACGUUCGAUUUCGAGUGCAAAAUCAAUUUGCGUCAAUUGCAGCUAAAGAUUAGCCUCGCUCUAGUUUCGAGCGAAUGCGAACGUGCACAUAAAUCAACGCCUGAUAAUAAAUACACACCACAUCACAUCGCACACAUCGUGGAAGAGAAGACAAUAAGCUGCUACCCGGGGGGGCCUCUGCCUGGAAACAAAAAAACAGUGGUUUCAUCGCUGGUUCGGCGGAUUAUCUCUUAUCAUAAAAAACAACAUGAGUUUACACCAAUUAAUGCCAAAAAUAGAUCCCUCGGUCGCGUCAGAUUGUGGAAGAUGACGACUCGGGCAGGGAAGAUACAGUUGUUGCACUGACAGCUGGCCUUACCGUUGCGCGUGACGCAAGUUGAACGGCGUACCGUUACGCGGGAGUUUUAUUUAUAAGCCCACAUACCGAAAAUAACCCAACGCGCAACAAAUUCCCAAGCCUUCGUUCUCAGGCGUUCUCAGGCGAGUGCAUCUGCACCAGGGAACCAGGGAAUCGUCUCAGAUCCAAGCAGCAGAAACGCCUGACUGUCAGCAGCAUCUGAUUCAGAGCGCCAGUGCAGGGCCAGGCCGGGCCGGCCGGGUCUUAUCGGGCCCCGACAUCGGAACCAUAAUUGUGUAAUAUAUUGUCAGACGCGCGAGACGUGCCAGACGCGACACAGAAAGUCUCUCGGGCACGGACACGGGCACGUGGCAUGCAAAUGAAGGCGUCGGCGAAAUGCCCGCUGAAUAUCAUUAGAAAGAUUUUGGUCAGCCUUGGCCAAAAUUCAUAUAAAAUGAAACAAAACCAAAACCGAAAGCAAAAAAAUCCAAUUAAUUAAAUCCAUGCGAACUUCAAUUCACGGAAAAUUUAUGGCUCUUACAGUUCCAUUGAAUUCAAAUAUUUGCUCGGACCACAAAUCACAAUUGCUCGUAAAUAUUGCGAGAGCAAAUAUUGGUGCACAAGUUUCGGUCGGUUAUGGUUGGAUUCUGGCUAAACCCCGGAAUCUGUGUGGGAACCGUGCAUGUAGAUGAGAGGCUAAAGCACAACAGGAAGUUCUAAACUGGGUAAACAGUCAAGCUGUGUGAAUUUAGCUGGUUUGUUUAGCUUAGUUGCAGGAGCUACAGGGUAUGCGUAAAACUAAAAGUCCCAGCCGUGGGAAAUAUUUUAGAGCAACAUCCUGUAAAGGCAACAUCCGGAAGUUCUGAUGAUGAAAUAUGUAUAGGUUCUUUGCAGUCUGCAGUCAUUCUGCUGAUUCAUUCUCUGUAGUCUGUAGUCACAAUGCGCUUCCAUAAUCUAAACAUAUAUAUAUAAUUUCGCGUACACGUUCGCUUCUAAUCAAAGGUGAGGAACUCUCAAAAUCUGUUGCCUACGAACAAGAUCAAAGAUCGAAUGAAGAGUCUAAACGCUAGGUACACUUUUCCCACCAAUCGUAACAAGUGUAGCCGCUCGCUUAUGGCAAUAUGCCCUAGUGGUUAGAAAGGCACCACUUCAGUUCCAAAUCUGAUAGUUUCCCAAUUCUCAAUGAGCUUAUCACCUUAACAAUGUCAUUCCUGAUGAUCUAGACACAUUAAUUACUUACUCUCGAGUGCGGUGGCGUUUCGCGGUGAUAAGGGAAAUCGUGGAAAUCGAAAUAAAACGGAUUGGUAAUCUGAGGCGACACUCGCGGAAUCAGCUGACAAAAAUACAAAUAUAGAAAUCAGAAAACCCCAGUCGCAAGUCCAAGUCCAAGGCGUUAGCAGGGUGCUCGAGGAGGAGGGACACGGACAAUGACAUUUGGCAUUCCAACAAAAACAGACGCGACCCGAAUAUAAUAUUAUAUCGUAGUCAUAGUUGGUUGAAGCGGGUGGAGUGGGUGGGUGCCUGUGUGCCUUGCUUAGACCAGAUAACAAUAAACUCAUUAACAAGUCGAGGGGAAAACAAUAACAAUUACGCUUGUGGGUCAGGCAGCCGAGGAGGAGCGAGAGUGGGAAGUAUAUUUGUUAUAAACAAUUUCCUAUUCAUAUUUGAGGAGCUUAUCGCCCGAGUGCCUCGGAAGCAAACUUUAUGGAUAGGCAAAUAAAUGUGUGGAUAAUUGUUUUUCUCUAUUCUGUUCUGUUCUUUCCAGUUGGGGGCGUGCGAUCACAACAACUGAUUCAAUGCACACACGGAAACCGCGAGGUGAAAGUCCUCCCAUGAUGUUGUUCUGUUGAUUGUGGAUUUUACAACUUAAGGGCGUGUGGCAACCGAACCAUUAAGGAACCCACGAACGGUAUAUAUAUGGAGUACUCUUCAGACAUGUCUGCCUUUAAAAUAGAGGAGACCCCGCCUCCCCUGUAUACGGUUUACUUUGAGGACUAUCUCAGGCCAAAAAAGCUACAGACAAAAGCACAUCUGCAACAUUUUGAGAGGAAAGUGGGGAAAAUCUCAACCGUAGCCAAGAGCCUGAAGCGCUUGAAGAUACUCCGAUGGCACUCUAGGAUCAUUCAACGAUUUCAGCAGCUGCCUCUGCCCAGUUUUCUGGGCUUCCUGCGGGCCCGCAAGGAUGAUGGCAUGUGCAAACGGAAAUCUGGCUUCGAGAUCUACUGCGAAAUGGCCAGCAUCCAUGGCUUUCAUGUGUUUGUCGGGGCCGAGACCUGGCAGCGCAUUUUCUGGUGGCUUCUCAUUUGUACUGCAGUGAUUUUGUCGAACGUUAUCCUCCUCACGGCGCCCAAAGAAGCUCCCACCAUUCUUUUUAUAGACAGCAUGAUGAAGGCAACCUCAGAGAUCCCAUUUCCGGCGGUAACUAUAUGCAGUUUGAAUGGAGUUUCCAAGGAAAAGCUACAGAAAAGAGCCAAGGAAUGGAAAGUGUCAGAGGAAACGCUGCGGAAUAGCGCCAUGGAGGAGCUGUUUCGGACGAACCUCAGCUGGUCGCAGCUUCUGGAGGAUCUGGCUCCGUUAAUCUGUGAGCAGAUCCGUAGCUGCAAGUGGGAGAAUCAUCAGGAAAGCUGCCUGGGAGAGCUGAAACCAUUCUGGACCUUUGAUCAUCGUCGCUGCUGCAGCUUUAACCAUAAAAAAGAGCUCUACACUUCACAGUUGGGAGUUAGUUUGGUGUUAAACCUUCAAAAAGAGGAUUAUGCUGGCUCAAUAAUUGCAUCCCAUGGCUUUGAGGUGCUCAUUCACGAAUCCCAAAGCGUACCAGAUGCUGCCACCAUGAGGAUGAUGAUACCAAGUGAUUCAGAGACCCACCUAAUGGUGCGAUCCUUUUCCACGCGGUUUACAGCGAAUCUAGCGGGCCUUCCCAUUGAGGACCGACGCUGCUUCCUGCCCGAUGAGCAUCGUCUGUGGUUCUACUCCGCCUACAGUCUAAGCAACUGCCUUUCCGAGUGUCGCAGCAAAAAAAUCUUUCAGUCUUGCGGCUGUGUUCCGCCCCAUGCUCCUGGGGAAAGCACAUGGCCCAUUUGUGGCCUCCAGCAGGUGGAGUGUGUGCGGAAGUAUGAUGAAAUUAGUGAGCAGAUCACGGCAGUGGAGAGGGACUGCAAUUGCCUGCCGCCGUGCACAUUCCAUCGCUAUGAACUCGAGAGUGAUGUGAGUCUCAUAAAGGGAUCCAAUUCCACGAACGAGGUCCGCUUGAAUGUCUACUACGACCUCGCAUUUACCGAGGAGCUGCUUUUGGACGUGUACGAGACCUGGCUGGCAUUCAUAGGCAAGUGUCCAUGGGCAUAUUCCAUUAACGAAACUACCAACAAGACAAGCGCCCCCCGUAUUAAAGUGUCAUUCAUCUAUCCAUAAUGGGCAGGAACCUUUGGC